AUGGCUGCUGGAUCAGUGGAUGGGAUGUUCCGUAACAUCUUCGAAGGAUGCAUCUCUAGCUGCGACGCUUCCAUCGAACGACGUCCAUACCACAAAAACUGCAGCUGUGCGCUUCAUAAAAGAACUUGUCGCCACAAACGAUCUGAGGUUGUUUGGUUCCCUAUCACACGGUCUUGGAGUGAAGGCAAUAGUAUGGCUCUGCAGCUCACCUCGUCUUCAUCUUCCUCCAGUCUCCACUCGCUCUCGUCGUCUUCGUCUAUUUCUACGCUUGCAUCGUUAUCUCCCACGGCUUCUUUGACCAUGUCUGAUAUUGAUUCCUCCAUUGAAGGCUUUAACUAUUAG